UCGUGAGUGCCAUGAGAGUCCCAUGAAUAAGUUGAGCAUCCCCCAACCCUCUCAUUCCUCUCAAAGAAGAGGGGAGAGAGCUUCGUUUCAGCACCUCUUAUUUCAGUCCAGCUCUUUGUAAGCGGAAAAUUAAAAACAAAAAAUCAAAAUGAAGCCUGACCGAAAAAACAGAGUUGAGAAAAAUUUAGCAGUGCAGCAAGAGGUAUUUGAACGUGCAUACUCUUCUGUUUUAAACGGUCUGAAGCAUUUAGACAAGAAAACUAUUGACACUUUGAAGAGUGUUCACUCUGAGACAGAAAGUCAUCGGAAAAAAGAAGAACAAAAUCUUAAGAAAUCUCUCCUGGCAAUUGCUAUGGUGAUACAGAAGCUAAAACAUAACAUCAGAAAUGAAGAAUUUGUUGAAAAUAAUGACACAGAAUACUUCAGAAGGCACAUAACAAGCACUGAGGAGAAUAUUACAGCUUUCAAAACUCUAUUGAGUGAGCAGUUGCACAGUUUUCAAGAAGAAGAGAUUGACCUACAACAGUCUAUAGACUCACUUCAUCAACGUUUGAAUGAAACUGCAACCAAACAGAGACAGGUUGGAGAAAGCUCAUUUACAAGUUCUUCAAGAAUUGCUGCAAAGUCUAAAGUUAACUCAAUAAAAGCUAAUGAGAAUGUGCAUCCAGACGUCCAAGAAUUUCACAAUUACUUAAGGAACAAUGGAGGGCACACAGGUGGAUGGGAUACCAAAGAUCAUCUACUGUUUACACGCUUUCUUCAGAAGUACCGAGGCUUGGACCAAAUGACAACAGCUUUACUGGAUUUUAUGCCAGAUAAGUCUCCAGAAGAAAUAGCUCAGCACGAGUCUUGGUACCAUGACUAUUUAAUACUAAAAGAUGCCCAGCGUAAAGCCCUCAAGGAAUGGCGAGAUGAGCAGGUUUCACAAAAACAAAAAUGUGAAACGAUGGAUGGUGCAUCAAGUGGCCUUACAACACCAUCAACAAUUAAAAAAGUGCCCCAUGAAAGGGAUCCAUCAGUCAAGGAGAAGAUUCAAAAGUGGAAGAACGAACAAGAGAAACAGCGUCAGCAGCAGAUUCGCGAACUUCAAGAAAAAAAACGGCAGGAGGAAGAGGCAUGGCAAAAAAAAGUUGCUUACUUUGAGCAACAACAUCAGAUAAUUGUUGAAAAGCGUAAAAAGCAGCAACAAUUCUUGGAUAGCAGUGCAUCUCAAGAGCAAGUCAAUGACUCCCUUAUCCCCAGAAAAAACAUUCCACUCAAGGAAUUUUGGGCGCAGGACAAGCAGUUCAUGCAGCGAAGACAAUCGCGCCUGCAACGAUUUUCAGCGAGUCCUCGAGUGCGAUCAAGUUCACAGGUGAAGGCUGAGAGGGAUCCUUCACGUCUACUGAGACCCACUGCCGUUUGGCAGGCAAGGAUGAAGCGAAGUUUGUCCGAAGAAGGAGGCGGGCAAACAAAGGCCUACAAAGGAUUGUACAUUGCAGAUGUGCCACACUUGGCAAUACCUAAGUGGCGACAAGGAGUGAUAUAAACUUUCACUGUUUUAAUUUCACCUAUGUAUGAAAAUACGUACAUAAUAUGGUAAACCAAAUCAUAAUCAAGUUAGGAAAAAAUACUUUUCCUUGGGAAAAAGUUAUCAGCAGAAUAUCACAUUCAACAA